UCUUGCAAAAGGGUUGCUAAAUAGUGUGCACUGUAUGCGUGUUUAGGAUGGAAAUUCACCACUAGCGGUUGCUGUUUUACAUGGAAGGCAGGCCGUAGCGCUGACCCUAAUCCAAGCGGAGAGCAAUGUGACGGAUAAGGUGUACCCGGCAAAACCUGCACAGCUCCACAUAGAUCUCUGGAAAUGGAGGGGUGCGAUCAAGGAGAAGGAUGAGGAAAAGAUCUCAACGAUACCAGCUCAAAUUGUUGCAAAGGGAGGCGGAUGGGAAGCGAUGGUCUACGUUUUGAUGGAUGCUCUUGGGACGGACUUCACUUCAUUGCUACAAAUGAUCGACGCUUCCUUGAAAGAGCGUCAGUACAACUUGGCAAAUCAGCUGACAAAAUCUUUGCAAGCACGAAUGUUGGGCAAGAAAUUGCCAAAGAGCGACUAUCACCUUCUACUAACUUUUGCUGAGCAUUUUAAAGGUGAAAUUGCUGACGAGAGUGUGGAGCAUGCGGUCCUGCAACGUCUUUACGCUUUGGGUGAGGAAGUGAUUACUGAUGGUGUCAGUUUACCCUUGGAAGCUGCUAUUCUAAACGGACAAUGGGCACUUUACAACCAUUUCAAGGCACGUGCGGGUAAAGCUUGGGCCACUCUUCGUCCGUCACAACCUGCAUUGGGACCUCUUAGAAACGUUGUGGUUCGCAUGUCCAGAAAUAAAGAGGACUUCGCAAUCACUGCAAUGCAGGAACUUCUUUCUCUACCUCAC